UUCCCGCAGCAGAACCCAACCACAGAGCAAUGAUAAUUGCUUAGCUGUCAAUCCAGAAACCGAAGAUGAACGGUCACGAUUUCCCUUCUGCUCAACCGCUGACGUGGAUUCCCCUCCUUUAAAUACUCAAUCAUUGGCCUUCUCCCUCUUACCCACUCUUCCCAAAACCCUCCCUCUCUCUCUCUCUCUCUCGUUACCCUCACAACGCCUGCUGCCAGAGAAGAAGAAGAAGAAGAAGAGAACAGAAAAGAGCUCAGAAAACCCACCAAAACCCAAUUCUUCAUUUCUCAAACAGAGAUCUCCACAAGGGAAAAAGCUCGCACCUUUAUUUCUACCCCAAAACCAAGCGGAGGGAAGUUGGUUGCAGAGCUUUUUGGCGGGUAGCUUGGAAAUGGUGUUUUUCAUUAUUCUGUUUGCAGCGGAAGAGAAACGCGAAGAAGGCGAGUGGGAAAAAGAGCGAUAGGCAAACAAACAAACAAAAACAAGCUCAAAAAGAAGUUUCACUUUUCCCCCCUUUCCUCCUGCUACUUCUAUAGCAGAAGGAUUUCUUCUUUCUACAGAACAGAGAGUUUGCCCGCUGCCGGCGGGAAAUCUCCGAUUGCCAGGGUAGAAGGAAGUUUCUAGCUAGUCAGGUAAUUACACUUCCUCUCCCAUGUUUCAAUCUAGGAGCUAAUCAAAGAAUUCAUUUCUUUCUUUCUUUCUUCCUUUCCAUAAUUGUGUUUACAGGAAGAAGACUUUUGAAUUUGCUGCCAAAAAUGUUUCUCCUUUUUCCUUGCUGUUGUGUUAUUGUCUUCUGCUCUGUUUUGUUUUUCUUUCCAAUGUUCCUUCAUUACAUGUGAGAAGGGGGAAAAGAAAAAAAAAAAGGUUGUCACUUUCUCUUUCACAAAGGAUUCCAAAAUCCUCCAGCUGGUGAUUUCCUAUUCUGAUGUUUACGCGUAAUCCCAAAUCUCCCCCAUGUUCUGUUGUCCCUCCUCUUUUAAGAAACCCUCCAAAAAAUUUACAAACAAAGAAAAAUGAUAGGAAGGAGAGUGAUACCAGUUAGACUUUAAGUGGGAUGAGCUGAAAUUCUAAUAAUUUCUAUUUCUUAAUUAAUGUUGGUCACAAUAUUCGAAUUCAUGACCUUAAUCGGUAUAGUAGAAGAUAGUGUAAUCAUGGACAAUAUGCAUAUGCAGUUGAUCAUUAUCUUUACAAACGCAUUGAAUUGAGUUUUACAGAGUAAUUUUUUGAAUGCUCUAAUUUCCAAUUCAUCACAAGAAUUUGCUUCUGAUGUUUUUUUCUUCUUCUUCUCCUAUCAAAAACAGGAAAUUAAGGACCCAAAAAAAUGUCGGCAACCAUGAUAAGCGACCCUUUGGUAGUCUCACCACCGGAAACUCAACCUCUGCCGCCGCCCGUUGCCGCCUCCGAAGUUGAAUCGGCUAUAUGUGACUGUUGCGGCCUGAUGGAGGAAUGCACGCCGGCGUACAUCGAAAGGGUACGGGAGAGGUACCACGGAAAAUGGGUGUGCGGCUUGUGCUCGGAAGCGGUAAAGGACGAGAUAGUGAGAACAGAAGAGAGACUUAUAAGCACCGAGGAAGCUUUGGCGCGACACAUCAAUUUUUGCAAGAAAUUCUCAUCGUCGCCAGAGCCAACUCCAAUCGACCCCACGUUGCAUUUGAUAUCUGCGAUGCGACAGAUUCUGAGACGGAGUUUGGAUUCACCGAGGUCCUCGCCACGAGGGCCAAGAUCGACUCCCGGAAGCCCCAUAACGAAGUCUGUGGUGAAGCUGGCUAGGUCUGAAAGUUGCUUCACGACUUUGUCUAGUUGAUUGAAGUAAAUCAGAUUUGAAUCUUGCGACUAACAAAGAAAUGUAGGGAAAUCGAUAAGGUAUUGUUGCAAGUUAUGCGAGUUGUUUCGCGAUCGUAUCUGAUUGGCUAAGUCAAUUAGUUUCAAACGUUGCGACCAACAUAUGAGACAGGCGGGAGGAAUAAUGAUGAGAAGGUUUUGGACAAAAAAGGGGUGAUUAUGGAUGGUUGGAGACCUACGAUAGGGCUUUCUCCUAAGUUUGAAGUAAGGGAAAGGAAGAAAUAUUGGAUGGAAAUUGAAAAUUACAGCCCUUUAUCGGACUGUUUCAUGUUUUUUUGUUUCCUUUCUUUUUUGCUGGGACUCUCUUUGUUUCAGUUGUGAAAGAUCAACGAAUUGUAAAAUUUCUUCUGUCUUCUAUCUAGGGUUAAAAAAAUGGUCUUUUCAGUCCUCAGAACUCAAGGUGGAACUAUGUCUUGUCCAAAUAAUUAGGUUUUUGGGACUGAUUGUUUGUAGUACAGAAUGGAAUCAUCUGUACUUUGCUUGAAGUUGUGGCUAGUAAUAUAAUCUCGGAAAAAAU